AAUUUACAAGCUAGCUCUAGCAGCAGCUUAAUUUUGAAGAUUGCCCCAAUCCAACCUAUCGAACAUGGAAGCUACAGCUGCUCCUAGUGUAAUUGCUAAUCUGAAACUUCUUAACCAUGAUAACUACGAAGAUUGGAGCUUCCGGAUGCAAAUCUACUUGUUGGCUGAAGAUCUUUGGGACUUUGUCAAUGACACCAAUCAACCUCCAAGACGAGACGCUGAAUUUAAGGUUUGGAGCAAACUUAAUGCCAAGGCUUUACAUGUAAUUCAGAGUUCUUGUGGGGAUGAUACUUAUUCUUUAAUUCGGGGCAUCUACUUGGCCAACGUUGCCUGGAAUACUUUGGCAACAAAGUUGAAGCCAGCUGAAGCAUCAAAAACCACAGAUGAGGAAUCUGAACUUCACACCAACCACACCCUAAUCAGUGGUGAUGCUGGUGUAGAGGAAGACUCUACAAUCGAAGUUCGAGUUGAAGGACCUGAAGGCGAUGCCAAUGACUUGUACAUGCCUUUCUUCCAAACUUUGUUAGACAAUGAUUGGGAUGCUGCCAUGGAGUAUGUUAGGCAACAUCCUGAGAAACUAAACGCGACCUUUGAACAAUUCGAGAAUGGGACAGCUCUUCACUUCGUAGUCUCAAACGGGAGGUUUGAAAUUGCAAAAGAGUUGGUGCAGCUAAUGAGCGAGGAAGACUUAGAAAUACUAGACUCUAUUGGUCGAACAGCUCUACAUUUAGCUGUAUUACAUCGAGGAGAUUCCCAUGAAAUAGUUAAGUGCAUGGUUGAAAAGAACAAGAAAUUACUUAGCAUUCGUUUUAACAAUGAAGAAAUUGCAAUUCCACUUGUCUUGGCGACUAUAGAAGGAAGAGUAGCAAUGUCUCAGUAUCUCUAUUCUGCCUGUCCACUGGAAACUCUGGAGGACCGUGUCUAUGCCGGCGUAGUUAUGUCUGCGUGUGUGUUGACAAGCCGAUUUGAUAUUCUGUUGGAUUUAGUUCAGCGCCAUCCGAAGGCGGUUUUUACUGAAAACAGAUCUAAAGUAUGCACGUACCACCUACUCCUACUAUCGAUACCGAAAAAGAACCUACUAUCGAUGCCUUUAACGAUGCUCCUACUAAUGUUCAAAAACUAGAAGGCGAUCAAGCUAAUCAAAGGCAUAUCAUUUGCCUCAUUUGCACACUUAUGGGCUUAUUAUUCCGGAAGCUGGUAGUCGUAAAUCUCUUUGAACUUGUGGGAAUCAAUCGGAUAUAUCGAAUGAAAGAGAUCCAUGUCCGCGUUGAUGAAUUUCUACAGUGUGCAAUGAAAACUAUAAAGCUUAAGCGACUGCAAAAUACAAGCGCGCAAGUAGGACUCGCCAUUGCAAUAGAACAAGGGCAUGUUGAGGUCAUUACUCAUUUAUGUAGAGCAAAUCCAAGCCUCGUCCACGACAUCGAAAUUGAACACCUAGAAAGCACCGUGUUUCAACUUGCCGUUGAGCACCGUCAAGAAAACAUUUUUAGCCUCAUUUAUAAGUUUGAUAAACAUGGCCAACAAAGAAUUCUAAGUGAAACAGAUAAUUGUAGAAAUAAUAUGCUGCAUUUGGUGGGAAAUUUUUCUCAGCACACACAGAUUAAUCAUAUUCGAGGUGCAGCUUUACAGAUGCAGAGAGAACUACAAUGGUUCAAGGAGUUGGAGAGUAUUGUAGAUCCUGUACAUCGUGACACUAAAAAUCUGACAGAUCGUAUGACACCAAGGGCCCUAUUUACCACGAAGCACAAGGAAUUGGUGAAAGAGGGCG